UGUUAAACUUGUGCCCCUACGUCUGUCUUCAGCAUGCUGCAGACGUGACACUCAGUGCGGACCUGCUGGAGGGGAUGGGGUGCUGUGGCAGACUGGGAGAUAGUUUAAGAUGGUGAGCUAGCUGGAGGGUCAGCAAAAUGAUGCCAUGAAAAAACGCCCUGUGCCGACACUGGCAUGUCGUUUGGUUCAGAGGCAAAGUCGAUUGAGAUAAGGAGGCUGUUAACCUGGAACGUGGCCCCUGACAGGUGUCACUGGGCUGUAUGAUGCACCCACCAGGGUUCUGCUGGUGUGAGCACCUCCCAGGCUGAAGAUGGCAGGUGGGAAAUGCCAGGUCGCUCCAGGCCGAGGGUUCCUCCUGCUCUGCAUUUUGACUCUGCAUUUUAGCUCUUGGAAUCCUGUUGCAUCAGCAGACCUGAACUCUACUCCUGCCAUGUUUACGGUCAUCACUCCCUCUGUUCUGGAGACUUCCCCUAUUUCCAGCACAUCUAUGGUCUCCAACCACUCUGCGAAUGGGACAGAAGACACACCUCUCACCUGCCAGAGUUUUCAGUGCUCUGGUGAGAGAUGCUACCAGGACAAAGCUUAUGCCAAUGACACCGUGACCUGCCACAAUGAAUCUCACUGUGAGCUCUAUCGUCUCACCCACACAAACUACACAGCCAAGUGCAGCAGUGAGUGUGGGAGAGGGAACGGCACUGAGAUGUGUGUGACCAACGGCAGCGUGAGCAUGAGCAAGUGCAUCCUGGAGUGCUGCAACUCGCCCCUGUGCCUGCAACUCAAUGCCACCGCCUAUGGUGACUUGCCGCCCACCACCACUCCAGCUCCCACAACGACCACCAUGAAGCCACCUCCCAAAAAUGGGAAAGUGUGCACAACCUUCUCCUGUAAUGGAGAUGGAUGCUUCAAAGGCAAGAAGUCUGCUGCUGAAUGCAUCGUUGGAUUCGACUUCUGUGAGAUGAAGAAGAUUGGCUCAGAUUACGUGGCUGGAUGUAGCAAAGUCUGCAAGACUGCCAGCCCAGCCUGUGUCAGAGGAGCAGCUGCCCCCUGUUACCAGGAAUGCUGCCAAGCUACCCCUAAAACUAGCUGCCUGAAACUGGAUGGCAAGGUGCACGUCAAUGGCGCUGGGCAGGUGGCUCUGGCCCCAAUCCUGAAACUCCUGGCCUGUGGUGUGGGUCUUGUCAUACAUUACAGCCUCUCCACUUUCCUUCAGGGUUAAGCAAGGACUCUCUGAGCUCCGCAGACUGACUAGGGCAGGAUUCAGGGGCACACACAAUAUUGGCUAAAACUCGCAUAAAAUCUAGGGUUUCUGUACCUCUUAAAUUCAGAUAAGGUUGGCUAGAAAAUUCCAUCUAUUGAAUCAGCGUCACAGGAAGGGAGAUCACUGGAACCCACAGGCCUUCUCCUCUCUGUGCAGGCCUGGCUAGUGCCCAGAAAGUUAGUGGUUAGCACCCAUGGAUGUUUGUGAAAUACAGAGCCCAGUGCGUGCAGCUAACUGAACUGGUCAGGUACAUCUACGCUGCAGUAAAACACCACUGCUGGCCUGUGUCAGCUGACUCUGGGACCCUGCGAGGUGGGAGGGUCCUAGAGCCUGGGCUUCUGCCUAAGCCCAGUCUCUACACUGUGAAUUUUACAGUCCCGCACCCUAAGCCCCAUGAGCCUGAGUCAGCUGCCUCGGACCAACCACAGGUGUCCUACUGCAGUGUAGACAGACCCUUAGUCUUUCCCAUGCAGAUUCUCCAAUUUGAUACAGAGGAGGGUGAAAACUACUGGCCAUGGGGAUGGAUGUGGGGCUCCCGGACCUGUGGAGAGGGUAGGCAUUGUGCCACAUGCUUCCUUCUAGCCACAGGAGUGAUGUCAGCUGCUCAUCAGACUGAUUCCUGGCUAUGCUGCCUCCGCAGAACAGAUUAGGAGCUGGCUAGGUGCUGUGGGGCAGUCCUCAGUGAACUCCCCCCCACCCCCUUCUGAGUGCUAGUGCCAGCACCUCUUCCUGACUCAUGGGGGUGAAGACGGCAAACUCCAGCCACUCUGGGAAUUACUCUUCCACCGUUCACACCUUGUUUGCAUGUAAAGCAGCUGUCUGUGUAGCAGGGAGGGUGACUGAGUGAAAUCACAGUCCUCUGCUGCACACACACAUCCCCAGCCCUCCCCCAAAGUAGGAAAACACUUCAGUGGGAGUAUCUGAGCAGGAAGAGCUUUCUCUUGUGCUUCUGAAGAGCAGCUAAGGUGCCUGUGCUAACCAAGGGAACACGCUGAUGAGGGGGCAAGGCAGGACUCGGGGCUGUCUACACUGGGCACUUACACUGACAUGGCUACAUCUCUCAGGGAUGUGAAAAACACCUCUGGGAGAUGUAGCUCUGUUGACCUAACCCCUGUGUAGACAACGCUAGGUCGAUGGAACAAUUCUUUCCUCAACCUGGCUGCAGCCUCUCGGGGAGAACCAAGGGGAGAACCCCUCCCGUUGGCAUAGGCAGGGUCUGCACUGAAGCACUACAGCGGUGCUGCUACAGCUUAAGUGUAGACACACCCUUGGAUUCCUAGCCCAAGAGCUGCCCUUGCCAGUAAACCAACUGGCCUGAGCUGUCGGCUGAAAUCAUUGGCAUCUUCUUAAAGGCCAAGUUUGUAGAACCUCCUGUCUUAACAUCUCCUGAGGCUAGGCUACUCUCCCAGCGUCCUGGUAAACGCUGCCCCACAUCAGGGACUAGUCAACGGCCCCACUGACUCCUGCAGGCAGUAGUUAGUUCCCCAGCUGUACGUAUUCACCACCCAUUCAUAGGCCAGAGAGCACAAAUCUGAUCUUGACUUGGUCUGAGGUGACAGCCCCGCUGCUGAGAGUCACUGGCCCAGCUGACUUGAAUGUUGGCUGGUAUUAGUAUAUCUGAUUCUUUGGUUGAUCUAGGAUAGCUCAUAGUAGUAGUUCUGAAUAGGAAUAGGUUGCUGUUUCCAAGCUCCAUACACAACCUCUAAGCCUUGUUUUAACUUCCCCAGUUAGUUCCUUUUUGGAAUCUUAUGUUUUUAAUGAACCUUAAACCCUCAUGAUUGUGCCUCUCCCCUGUGAAAUCCAAAGGGGAACAGAGCAGACACACAGCAUAUGCAUUAAGCAGGCUGCAAAGCUGAACUCUUCCCGCCAAAAACCUGUAGGACUGUGUGACUUGCAGACAAAGUGAAGCUGCCUGGGGCUACUGCCAUGUGACUUUACUAGCCUGAGAUUUUGGAUUACCUGGAAUGAAUGACAUCCCACAUGGGCGGUGUGUAUAAUAGGCUGGGGAAUGCUGUGCCUCCCCAAACAUCCCUGCGUGGCCCUGCUCAUGCUCUGCCCCAAGACCCUCUCCUGCUGCUAGUUUGCCCCAGCUCAGGCAGGCUGCUCCUCUUUUGGGAAGCCAGCUGGGGACAAGGCAGCUGGGACUUGGGGUGUUUGGAGCCACCCAGUGCUGGGGGGGGGGCCCUUGGCGCUGGGAAUGUGCGCCGCCCGCCCUGUGCUUUGGGGCUGAAGGGGGUUGUGCACCACCCGCCCAAUCUCCAGGGUGAGGGGGCCAUGCACCGUCCACCUGGUCCUCUGGGACUGGUAGGGGAGGAGGUCACACGUGCCACCCACCCAGUGCUCUGGGGCUGAGGAGAGGCUGUGCACUGCCCAGCUGCUCAGGAUCUUGGGCUGGUGGGGGGGCCUCCCACUGGGGUCUCUGGGGCUGGAGGUACUUGGGUGACUCUGGCUGGCAGGG